AUGGGCGGGCUCAUCAUACGGAAGAAUAUCCGCAACCUGUCCACAGCGGAACUGGACAACCUCGUUAGGGCAUUCGCCGCCAUACAGAAGCUCCCUGCCGAAGACCCUAACUCCUUCUUCGUCAUUGCCGGCUACCAUGGAGAACCGUUUCGCGGUGCGGGCUACGCCAACCCUGCGUGGUGGGGAGGGUACUGCAACCACGGCAACAUCCUCUUCCCGACUUGGCACCGGGCCUAUCUCUUGAGACUCGAAAAGGCGCUUCAGAGCCAGGUCCCUGGCGUGGCACUGCCGUACUGGGACGAGACCGAAGAGGCCACCCUGACGGGAGGCAUCCCCCCGGUCUUUCUCACGAAGGACUACAAGUUUGCAGAUGGAUCCUCCAUUCCGAACCCGCUGUUCUCGUACAAAUUCCAGGCCAGAAUCACGGACAGGCUCACGCCCAUUCCGGACGCCAACUACACCAAGCCCGUGGGCUACGAGACUGUCCGCUACCCCUUCUCCGGACUCGUGGGCACCCCGCUCAAUGCCGAGGGGUCCUUCAUCCACAACGCGGCGCUACGCGAGCAAGGAGAGGAAGCGACGAACCAGAUGCUGAACGACAACAUCGUCACGUGGCUCAACUACUCCUGUUUCCGCAACAGCGACGGGGAGGAGGUGUCCGCCGGCAUCAAGGCCAAGUACGACCACUGCCUCGACGCGCCCAACUACACCGUCUUCUCCAACGGGACCUCGGCCCAGCGGUGGAACGAUGACCACCUCAGCGACAAGGGUUACAAGCCCGUCGUGCCGCUCGAGUCGCCGCACAACUCGAUGCACCUCGCCGUCGGCGGCUUCGAGGUGCCCGGGCAGGGCAACUCCAACCAGAUCGCCGGCGCCAACGGCGACAUGGGCGAGAACGACACGGCGGCCUUUGACCCCAUCUUCUACUUCCACCACUGCUUCGUCGACCUCAUGUUCUGGCGCUGGCAGAUCAAGAACAACCAGCGCGACCGCCUGGAGAUCAUUGAGGGCUACCCCGGCACCAACUCCGUCGACGCCCAGGGCCCCACGCCCGGGGUCGCCGGCGGGACGUGGCUGACGCUCGACAGCCCUCUCGAGCCCUUCAAGAAGCCCGGCGACCCGAAGACGGCCUAUACGUCCAACGACGUCAUCAACAUCGCGAGGCUGGGCUACAUUUACGACAACGUUGGCGAGCCGCCCAAGGCCGCCCCGCCGCGCAGCCGGCCGUCCCCGGUGCUGACCGUCGGCAACAUCAACCGCGCCACCAUCGGAGGCUCCUUUGUCGUCUCGGCCUGGGCCACCAAGGAGAACGGAGACAAGAUGCUGAUCGGCACGGAGGCCGUGUUGAGCCGUUGGCACGUCGCGGGAUGCCGGAAUUGCCAGAACUACUUGGAGGUUCGGGCCCACAUACCGAUCGAGGGCUGGAGCAAGGAGGAGGCCGAGAAGAUGGAUUUCGAGGUCAAAUUGCACACCCGCACGCUGAAACGCGGCCUCGGUGACGGGGAUGAUCCUCAGCAGGGGGCUCAGAGCCCUACGGUUAGGCUUGGGACUGAUCAUAUGUGA